AUGGCAGAGACGCUUACCGCACAGCCCGCACCGCUGGGGUUUGACCCCCAGGAGUUGAUGGUGAAGUACACGCAGGAACGAGCGAAGCGACUACGACAGGAUGGCAUGGACCAGUAUCAGGAGCUCAAAGGCGCAUUCAAUCGGCUGGACCAAGACACUUUCGCUUCGACCUCUAGCAGGCGCGAGCCGCUCAACAAAGAUGUCACAGUGCUGAUCAUCGGCGGAGGUUAUGGGGGACUGUUGGCUGCGGCAAACCUUGCGAAGAAGGGCAUCAGCGAUGUCAUGAUCGUGGAAAAGGGCGCGGGAUUCGGGGGGACGUGGUACUGGAACCAAUAUCCCGGUGCCCGAUGCGACGUGGAGUCGUACGUCUACUUGCCGCUGCUGGAAGAGCUCGGAUACACGCCGAAGGAGAAGUAUGUGGCGGGCCCGGAUAUUCUCCAGCAUGUGGAGCUGAUCGCGAAGAAGUAUCAGCUCAAGGGAAAGGCGUUGUUCCAGACCAUAGUCCGCAGCACGACUUGGAAUGAUGCAGAGAACCACUGGAAUAUAAAGACCGAUCAUGGCGAUGACUUGAGGGCCAGAUAUGUCGUCGCGGCGACUGGGAUCUUGCAUAAGCCUAAGUUACCUGGAGUGCCGGGAAUCGAAACGUUCAAGGGCGAAUCGUUCCACACGACGCAUUGGAACUAUGACGUUACCGGCCGUUCUCUCGAGAAGCUUGCAAACAUGAGAGUUGCAAAUAUCGGCACGGGAGCGACGUCAAUUCAGACCAUCCCGAUACUGGGAGAGAAAGCCAAGCAGUUGUACGUGUUCCAGCGGACACCUGCCUCAGUCAAUGUCCGCAACAACCGACCGACUCCACCUGACUUUGAAUCUUCAUGCACGCCUGGAUGGCAGCAGGACAGGAUGAAGAACUUCAACGCCAUCAUUACCGGACUCCCCUUCGAGAAAGAUCUCGUGGAUGAUGGCUGGACCGACAACAAGGCGAUGUCAUUCCUCAGCGCCGAAGAAAAGAGAGAUCCGGCCACGGUUGGCCAAGUCAUGAUGGUCUCGGACAUGGCCAAAAUGGAACGGAUCCGCGCUCGCGUGGAUGAACUCGUCGAGGACAAAGAAACGGCCGAGAAGCUGAAGCCAUGGUACAGUUCCAUGUGCAAACGACCAUGCUUCCACGAUGAGUACUUGCAGAUGUUCAAUCGUCCGAACGUAACGUUAGUGGACACGGACGGGAAAGGCGUGGAGCGCAUCACUGAAAACGGCAUCAUCGCCAACGGUGUCGAAUAUCCCGUCGACCUCAUCGUUUAUGCCUCGGGAUUUUACAUCAGCGGCGGCCAAAUCAGCCAGACGAGCGGGGUCGAAAUCGUCGGUCGCAGCGGGGUCCCUCUCGCCCAACAAUGGGACGAAGUCGGCGCGAAGACCCUCUUCGGGGUCCACAUCCCCGAUUUCCCCAACUUCUUCACGGUCAACACCACCCAGGCCGGCGUGGCGGCGAACUUCAUGUGGACGCUCGCCACGGCCGGGCGGCAGAUCGGCUACGUGGUGUCCGAGUGCGAGAAGCGCGGCAUCCGCGUGGCCGAGGCGGACGAAGCGGCGGCGGCGCGGUGGACAGAGGCGAUCGUGGCGUCCAGUAAGCCGAUGUUUCAGUUCUUCACGACUUGCACGCCGAGUUACUACAACGGGGAGCAGAAGAUGACGAAGCAUAUGGAGAAGUUGGGGACAUAUGGGGCGGGGGCGAAUGCGUGGGGUCAACUCCUGGAGGACUGGCGAGCGAAGGAUGAUUUGGAAGGGUUGAAGAUUAUUAAGAAGACAGACACGGAGACAGAUGCUGAGGCUUGA